AUGUACGGCCUCAGCCUCCUCCUCACCACCGCCCUCGCCCUCGGCACUGCAACCCUGACCGCAGCUACCGACACCCCUCCCGUCCAGAACAAAUGGGCCCAGCUGCGCCUCUUCGGUGCCCCCGGCUGCUCGGCGGAUAACAUGGGUGAAAUGGGCGUGUACGGGUACGAGCGGAAUACUUGCCUGGAUAUUGCGCAGUAUGGGGCUCCCGAUGCUGUGAACAUUAGUUCUAUCUUUGAUGAGUGUGAAUUGUACCUUUAUGAAGAUGCGGGCUGCAGUGUCGAGAAGAGCAUUGCGGUUAGUACUGGGUGUGUUGAUGGGGCGGGUCCGUAUGGGGGUCUUAUCUUGUCUUGCAGUGUUUGA